AUGGACUUCCUGCUGACCGCGGCACUCGGCAACACAUGGGCUCAUGCCGUCAAUACCCGCCUCAGUGUGGACUACUCGCUGGCCGGCCCGUCCGGGAUAGCGCCCUCCGCCGGCGACCGGCCGACCGCCAGGCUGUCGGCUCCACGGCGUUGGAUUGACGUCGCCAAAAGCCCGGUUGCCCCGCAUGCACGCUCGACCUAUGUCAUCACUGAUCGUGGCUUCGACAUUGGCUCCUAG